UCUGCAGCAGCAGUGAAACACAGUUUAAUCCCGACUUGUUGGCAUUGUGGGUGUGCCGAUUGAGGCACUAUGGCUAUUUUAAUAUAUUUUUUUCUUUUAGUAUUUUCUGGAACAGCUUUUAGCCAAGAAAAAACAUACGUCCUUACAGCACCAAGAGUCUUUCGAGUUGGGACAUCUGAGAAAGUUGUAGUUCAAGCUUUUGGCUAUGAAAAUGAAUUUGCAGUCAAUCUUGCCUUAAGAAGCUUUCCAGAUAAGCUUGUUGCUUAUUCUUCUGGCCACAUUUAUUUAAACCCAGACAACAACUUCCAAAAUUCUGUAACUGUAACACUUCAGCCAACAGAUCUAGCAGGUCCAGAGGACUCAGUCAAGUAUGUGUAUUUGGAAGCUGUUUCUCCGCAUUUUACCGGUUUAAAAAAAAUCCCUGUUUCCUAUGAGAAUGGAUUCCUUUUUAUUCACACAGACAAACCAAUUUAUACUCCAGAUCAGUCAGUGAAAGUCAGGGUUUACUCUCUGAAUGAAGAACUGCAGCCAGCUCGGCGAGAGACUGUCCUGACUGUUGUGGAUCCAGAUGGUGUAAAAGUGGAUAUCAUAGAAGAAAAUGACUUUACUGGAAUAGUUUCUUUUCCUGACUUCAAGAUUCCUCCUAAUCCCAAGUAUGGAAUUUGGAAGAUUGAAGCAAAGUACAAGAAGAAUUUCAUAACUUCAGCUGUUGCAAAGUUUGAAGUAAAAGAAUAUGCUAUGCCAAGCUUUUCCAUUGUCAUAGAGCCAGAAAAUAACUUCAUUAGUUCUGAUAAGUUUGAGAACUUCAGGAUUGCUGUGAAAGCUAGCUACUUUUAUAAUAAAAGACUUGCAAAGGCUGAUGUUUUUCUACGUUUUGGAAUAAUUGAAGGAACUGAAAAAAGAAUGAUGCCUCGUGCAAUGCUUGUAACUAAGAUUAGAAAUGGAGUUGCCGAGAUCAAUUUUAACAGUAAGAAAGCAGUGAGUUCUUUAGGAUUUCAAAGCCUGGAAGAAUUGGAUGGGUCAUAUUUAUACAUUGCAGCAUCAGUAGCAGAGUCUAUGGGUGGCCUCAGCGGUGAAGUGGAAUUUUCUGGAGUCAAAUAUGCUGUGUCUCCUUACACACUGAGUUUGAUUGCUACUCCACUCUUCAUAAAGCCUGGGCUUCCAUUCUUCAUUAAGGUGCAGGUGAAGGAUACAGUGGAUCACUUUGUUGGAAACAUCCCUCUAAUUAUCACUGCAAAAUCCUUUAGUCAACAGAUGGAUGAGACAGAGUUGAUUUCAGAGGGUUCAGAAUCUGGGAGAAGAGAAACAAGCAUGAAUGAUGGAACUGCUUUGUUUGUUGUUAACAUCCCACCAGACAGCAACCUACUGGAGUUUCAAGUAAGAACUGCUGAUCCACACCUUUCAGAUGAAAACCAAGCAACCAAAACCUAUGAAGCAAGAGUUUAUUCAUCAUUAAGUCAAAGUUAUCUUUAUAUCGACUGGGCUUCAAACCACAAAAUACUGAAUGUAGGGGAUUUCAUAAGUAUUAACAUAUACCCACGAAGUCGAUACAUUCAUAAUAUACAUCACUACAGCUAUUUGAUCACAUCAAAAGGGAAGAUAGUCAGCUUCGGAACUCAGAAGAGAAUUAAAGAUUUGGAAUACGAGCAUCUGUCUUUACAGAUAACUCAAGAAAUGGUUCCUUCAGCACGUCUUAUUGUUUACUAUAUUGUGGGAGAAGAACCUGCUGAGUUAGUAGCUGAUUCUGUUUGGCUAAAUGUGGAACAGAAGUGUGGGAGUAGUCUUGACAUUAAGUUGCUAUCGAGCAAAGAGACACAUAAGCCAGCAGAAGUUGUAUCACUUAGCAUGAAAACACAACUCCAUUCCUACGUUGCUUUGUCAUCUGUUGACAAGGCAAUAUAUGGAGUAACAGGAAGAGGAAAGAGAGCAAUGGAAAAAAUAAUGCUGAAAUUGGAAAAGAGUGACCUUGGAUGUGGUGCUGGAGGAGGACAAAACAAUGUUGAUGUGUUCCGAAUGGCUGGCCUCACAUUUUUAACUAAUGCAAAUGCUGAUGAUUCGAAUGAAGCAGGUGGAAAGUGCAAUGAAGUUAUAAGAACCAAAAGGUCUGACUUUGAGGAGCGAGUACUUAAAGAAGCAUCCAAAUAUAAACAUCUAGAAAUUCGAAAAUGCUGUAUGCAUGGAGUAAAAGUAUAUCCAGUAAGUGAGACUUGCAGUGACAGAGCCCGGCGAAUUCAGAGUCAUCCAAAGUGCAUUUCAGCAUUCAUAAAUUGCUGUGAAUUUGCAAACAGACUGCGGGAAGAAGAGCCUAAUAAGCUCCUAAUAUUGGCAAGAAAACAAUUUGAGGCUCUCUUGGAACUAGAUGAGACAGAAGUUCGAAGCUAUUUUCCUGAAAGCUGGUUAUGGGAAGUUCAUCAAGUUUCUCCACGGUCAAAGACUUUGUCUGUCACUCUGCCUGAUUCGCUGACUACCUGGGAGGUGCAAGGUGUUGGCAUUUCUGAUAAAGGUAUAUGUGUUGCUGCACCACUGGAAGUGCAAGUUGUGAAAGACAUCUUCCUUAGCAUUCAUGUUCCUUAUUCUGUGGUGCGAGGAGAACAAAUUGAAUUAAAAGGAUCUGUUUAUAACCACAGAGCUUCUGAAAUUAAGUUCUGUGUUAAAAUAGCAGCUGGAGAUGGAAUCUGUUCUUCUGGAGGUUCUGCAACUACUGGAACAAGGAUGCACAAUUGUGAUUUGAAGAAUCUGGGUGCUGGUUCCUCAUCACCAAUUACGUUCAGGAUUCUUCCUUUGGAAUUAGGGCUUCACACCAUCAACUUCACACUGCUGACAACUGGGAGCAGUGAAACUGUGGUUAAAACAUUGCGUGUAAAGCCAGAAGGCAUUAAAAAAGAACUUCACGCAGGUGUCACUUUGGAUCCACAAGGUGUUUAUGGCUCAAUCAAGAGACGACAAGAAUUUCGUUAUAAAAUUCCACUAAACCUGGUCCCUAAAACAAAAAUUGAUAGAAGUGUCAGUGUAAAAGGACAUCUUUUGGGUGAAGUAAUUGCCACAAUCCUCAGUCCUGAAGGUCUCAGUGUUCUUACGAGUCUGCCGAAGGGCAGUGCAGAGGCAGAGCUCAUGAGUAUUGCCCCAGUAUUUUAUGUGUUUCACUACUUGGAAGCAUCAAACAACUGGCAUGUACUGGGUCCUGAAACCUUAACUUCAAGAACUCAAAUGAGGAGGAAGAUGAAAGAAGGAAUUGUAAGCAUCUUGUCAUUCAGAAAUUCUGACUUCUCAUACAGCAUGUGGAAGAACGGGCAAGCUAGCACAUGGUUGACAGCUUUUGCUUUAAGGAUUCUUGGACAAGUGAAUCAAUAUGUAAAUCUUGAUCAAAUUUCUGUUUGUAAUACACUUCUGUGGUUCAUUGACAACUGCCAAAUGCCAGAUGGUUCAUUCAGUGAAUUUUCAGAUUAUCAACCAGUGAAACUACAGGGUACGUUACCCAGAGAAGCUAAAGAAAAAUCUUUGUAUCUCACAGCAUUUUCUGUUAUUGGAAUUGAAAAAUCAAUUAAAAUGUGCCCUACUCAGAAAAUCCAUGAUGCUAAAAACAAGGCAGGAGAUUAUUUGUUGAAAAACACACAGGCUGCUCAAAGCCCCUUUACGAUGGCAAUAAUUUCAUAUGCUUUAGCUCUUGUGGAUUUGAAUCAUCAGGCUGCAAGAUCGUUGUUCUCUGCUCUGAAGAGGGAAGCAUCUGUCAUAGGUGACCCUCCUAUCUAUCGCUUUUGGAAAGAUGGUUUUAAAACACCAGACCUACAUGCUCCCAGUUCUGUUACUGCACAAAUGGUUGAAACUACAGCAUAUGCAUUGCUUACUGCUUUGUUAAGAGGAGACAAGAGCUAUGCUAAUCCGAUCAUCAAGUGGUUGUCUGAAGAACAAAGAUACGGUGGAGGAUUUUACUCAACUCAGGAUACUGUUAAUGCUCUUGAGGCCUUGACUGAAUAUUCCCUUCUUGUCAAACGGCUUCAUCUGGACAUGGGCGUUAAGGUUUCAUACAAAAAUCAUGGAGAACUGCAUCUAUUCAAACUGACAGAAGAUAAUUUUGUGGGAAGAACCGUGACAGUACCUUUGGAUGAUGACAUAUUCAUAAGCACAGGCAGCAGCACUGGCAUAGCUACAAUAAAUGUGAGGACAGUAUAUAAUGUAAUGGGCACUUCUGAAGAGUCAUGUAACUUUGAACUGAAGAUUGUUCCACGGAGAGAUGAUGGUUACAGAGGGGAAGAUGGUGAGCCACUUGGGCGCUUGGAGGCUUGUGCAAAGUACAGGCCCAGCACAAGGGAGCCACAGUCAGGAUCUGCUCAUGCAGUGAUGGACAUAAGUUUGGUUAGUGGAUUGGAAGCAAAUAGAGAAGACUUAUCUACUCUUGCAAGUGGAGUCGACCAGUUGGUAGCUGAUUAUGAGAUAAAAGAUGGGCAUGUUAUUCUGCAGAUAGACUCUGUGCCAGCUGAUCAGUUCCUCUGUGUUGGGUUCCGAAUAAGUCAGCUUUUCCAUGUUGGAAUGCUAAAUCCUGGCACAUUCACUGUAUAUGAGUAUCAUGCACCUGAUAAAAGAUGCACUGUAUUUUAUAACCCAUAUGGAAAUGAAAAACUUGUGAGGUUGUGUGAAGGAGAUGAAUGCAGAUGCAUGGAAGCUGAGUGUAGCAAAGUACAAGAAAGACUAGAUCAGUCAAUAACUGCUGAUACCAGGAGAGAAGCUGCGUGCCGGAAUGAUAUUGCAUAUGUUUACAAAGUGAACAUCUUAUCUCGCAGUGAAGAAGGUUACUUUGUAAAGUAUUCUGCAGCUAUUCUGGAUUUGUAUAAAAGAGGACAGGCUUUUGCUCAAAAAAAUAACGAAAUUACCUUUGUUAAAAAGAAGACCUGUACUGAUGUUGAGCUGAGCCCUGGAAUGCAGUAUUUGAUCAUGGGAAAAGAAGCCUUAAAGAUAAACAUCGGUUACAGUUUCAGGUUCCAGUAUCCUUUGGACUCCAGCACUUGGAUUGAGUGGUGGCCUUCAAAUACAGCGUGUACAUUUUGUCAGGAGUUUUUAAACAGAAUGGAAGAUUUUGUUGAAGAUCUCAUCAUCAGUGGCUGUUGAUCUACGUGGAGAAUUUUUCAAUUAAAAACACAGAUCACAUCUCAUUUAAGAAAUCCUCAGUUGUUUAGUAAUUCUAGAACUUAACUGUCAUGAUUAUUACCUUGGAAAAAACUCUUGGCUUGUAUUUCAUAGCCAUUUUUUUAUUACCUGGUAAUUUUCAAAGUAUGUUUUUUGAGCUUGGAUGGGAGAAUAAUGCAGAAGACUUCAAAGACGUUUGAAGUCAGAUGAACUGAAAAGGAAUGAUUGUAAAAAUAACAUGGAAAAGACUGUCUUUUGCCAGUAGCAAAAAUGCCUUAGAACACUGAAAUCCAAAGUCUUGUAAAAACAACCCUGCCUUCAGCACACACACUACAGAAGGAAAAAUAAAAUGGCUUAUUAAAUAA